AUGACUGCUACAUGUGAGCCUAUAUUCAAAUUGCUCCGAAAGGAUCAAGCAAUUGAAUGGAAUUCUGAUUGUCAGCAAGCUUUUGAGAAUAUUAAAGGUUAUCUGCAAGAACCUCCUAUCUUGAUUCCACCCAUUCUAGGGAAGCCGCUCUUCAUGUAUUUGAUUGUGCUCAAAGGAUCCAUGGGUUGCUACAUAACCCAGAAAUCUAUUAAAGGAAGUGUUUUGUUUGACUACCUCGCUGAUCAUCAUGUCAAAGACUAUGAGCCAUUGAAGUUUGAUUUCCCAUAUGAAGACAUUAUGUUGGUGAAAGAUUGUGAAACUCCAAGCCCAGAUGAAGGUCCCGAGCCAGGUUCCUGUUGGAAGAUGAUGUUUGAUGGUUCCUCCAAUUGCAUGGGGCAUGGUGUGGGAGUUAUGUUGAUGAAUCCCAAUGGUGGGUAUACUCCUUUCACAGCAAGAUUGUGUUUUGAAUGUACCAACAACAUUGCAGAGUAUGAAGCAUGUAUCUUGGGUAUUGAAGCUGCAAUUGACACCCGAAUCAAGAUCCUUAAAGUAUAUGGAGACUCAGUUUUGGUGAUCUUCCAAGUCAAAGGAGAAUGGGAAACUCGUGAUGAGAAUUUAAUCCCAUACCGUUCCCACAUUAUGGAAUUGAUAAAGUACUGUGAUGAAAUCACCUUCCAUCAUGUUCCGAGAGCAGAAAAUCAGAUAGCAGGUGCUUUGGCUAUGUUAGCCUCUAUGUUCCAAGUCAGAUUUCUCAAUGAGGCACCACUUAUCACAAUUGAGAGGAAAAUUGCGCCAGCCUAUUGUCUAUUGGUUGAAUAA